ACGAAUUUGAUUCCUUUAUUAAUGAGUGAUGCACAAAAAGGAGAAGAAAGAGAAAAUGCGAAAGAUGAAGGGAAAAGGAAGAGGAACUUGAAAAUAGCUUCAACAAGGUUGUCGAUACAUUCUCUGUGGUAAUGGAUAUCCUUUCAUGUGCUAAGCAGAAAUAUGUUAGUUUAGAAUUGUCUGUGAGGGGUACAUGUCGGUCCUGGUCCGUGAUGGCAUUCAAUGUAGCAGUCGGUGAACACAUAAACGAUGCGUAUUACAAUAGGAAUCGAAGUACAAAUGUUUCGACAGCAUCAUCAUUUCCAAGAAUGAUAUCAGUAUGAAUAAGCAGUGGAAUCAGAAGGGAAAUGGGAAACAUUUUUGUAUCUCGCUCGGCUAUACCCGACAAGAUGUUGACAGAAAAAUGUGUGCUUACAUGAGGCAAGUUCUGCCUUCAUCAUGCUUGAAAAGCAUCAAUCACUAGAAAGCUCCAGUUUCAAAUGCCUCCUACUCAGGCUAUGUUUUCUUUGUGCUGCACAACAGGCAGCUAUUUGUAAAGAUCUUCUUUUUCUCGUGAUGUUGGAUCCUUGGAUUUCGGAUUGCAAUAUCCUUUCAGUGUUCUGGGAUCUUUAGCUCAAAUAGAUACAUUUCACAUACCAACGAUAUACCUUUACGAACGUCAUCAAACGCCCUCUUCUUUUACAUACAUUUCACUUUUAGUUGAUUUAAUUGAUCACAAUGUUGCAAACAUGACAAGAUAUAUAUCAAAGGGCGUGCACGAGUAGACUUGAAAAACAUUGAUACGAGAGUAUCCGAUUUGUCAUGUUUUCUUUGGAUUUCUUGCACACUGCAUCUUCAGGCCAUAACCGUCAUGUUUUCUCACUUAGAAUUCCAUCCUGCACGUUGCGGUACAAUAGAUGCUAACGACCGUACCGUUACUGCAGUCAGGACACGCAGUACAUUCGUUGU